AUCUCUCCUUUCUGGAACCGUCUCACCUGACACCUGGGGGUACCUGAUAAAUGUGAAACCAUCCCAAAUCCCCUCUCCUGCCGCUGGAACACGGCGCUGAGGCUCCAGCUCCUUCGCACUCAUUCCCUUGGAGCCGGGAUGCUCGCAGGCACCUGCCGGCACCCUUGGCAGGACAAGCACGCUGCAGGGUCUCUGUGGCGAUGGAGGGGUGCGAUGUGAAGGUUCUCUGUGGCGAUGGAGGGGUGAGAUGUGAAGGGUCUGUCGCGAUAGGGGGGUGCCAUAAGAAGCCGCUGUGUGCGGGGCAGCUCUGGCGCAUCCCGCAUCCCGCAGCGCGGCCGCCGAGCGCAUGACGCCAGCGCCGGGAAAAGCCAGGGAGACACGGAGCUCCAGGGAAACAGCUGGCGUCCCGGAGGUGCCAGCCAGCUCCAUCCCACGGGUUUCCCCGAGCCCGGCUCCGCCGCUCCUCCUCCCCCGCUCCCGGCGCAGCGGCUGCGGCAGCGGGCGGGGCGGAGGGACCGGCCCGGGGCCGCGGCCACAGGAGCGAGCGGGCGGGAGGUGCUCUCCAACCCCUCUGGAGCUGAAGAUGGACGUGAAGAGGGUGAAGGACUACCUGUACUGGCUGUACUACCAGUACCAGCUGGUGACGUGCAGCUACGUGCUGGAGCCCUGGGAGCAGUCCAUGUUCCACACCAUCACCGUCACCGUGCUGGCCAUGGUGGUGUACACUGCCUACGUCUUCGUGCCCAUCCACGUCCGCCUGGCCUUGGAAUUCUUCUCCCAGAUUUUCGGGUCCCAGCCCGAGAGCGCGGUGCUGAACUGAGCCGGCGCCAGCAGCGCCCGGCAGCUCUCGCAGCUUUGUGAAAUGUUUGUGCUCCAGUUUGGCUCUUAGGAAAACCCUGCUUGCUUCACCUCCGGGGCUGGAGAGCAGAGCGAGGCACCGAGCACAGCCCCCCUCCCAUGAACACUCUGGGAAUGGCACAGGAUCCGAGGAUCCCGGCAGCUCCCACUCCCAGCAGCCUCAUCCAACCACUCUGGGGAGACUUCUGGUGGCUCAUCACACCCAAAGUUCUACCAGCACAGUGCCGUGGGCAGGCGAGAGGAGACAGAAAAUGAGGAUAUCCCACAGGAUUGGAGUGCUCGUGUCUGGCUGGUUACUGAUUCCAGGCUUUCAUGGAUGGGAGAGGAACUUGGAAGAGAAAGCAACAGGAGGAUGAACUUAAAUCCAGCUUUUUUCACGUCCAAGUUUCUGCAUCAGAUGGUCUAAAAUAUUUUCUUUUUGAAAAAAGAAUUCUCCACCUCAUCUUGCAGUUCAGUGAGGAUGACAGGAAGAAGCAGCCCUGCUCUGUCUCCGUGCCCUCCUGCCUUCUCUGAUGAAAAUCAAAACCUUUUCUUGCUGCUCCCACCCACCAGCACCAGGGGAAGAGGAUCCAGAGUGGAAAUAAUAUUUCAAUACCUGCAGGGAAGGCUUAAAGAGAUCUCCUUUACAAAGAAGAAAUUAGAUUUAUUACCAUUGCCCGUGGGGAGGUUUUGGAACAAUGGGAGGUUUGUUCUGUUUUCAUUCUACACAAAUCAAAGGUGGAUGCCAAAUCAUAAAUUACAGCUGCACACUGCACGUCUCUACCAGCUGAUGCUCCUGUUAGUAGAAGUGAGAGGUGCAAAAUGUAAAUAGCUUUCAAAUGAUGUUUGCACAGUUCUAGAUUAAAAAAAACCAAAAAAAAACCCUCUUAACUUCUUUCUCAAGCUGCAGUGGGCUCCUGCAUGCUUCAAAGCACAAGUUGGUUUGGAAACGAAGACAUGUGGUGAAGGUUGCCCAGAUCUGAACAUGUGUAUGCUGUUUUUUCAGCCAAAAGAAAUAAAAUUUUAUUCUUCAGAAAUGA